AUGCGGUGCAGCGUCUUUCGGCGUUCCUGCGCCGGCGCCGGAACGCAAACACAGCCGCGGUUACCGCGGGCCGUCCCCACGCGCGAUGGCCGACGCUGCGCCAGGGCGGCGCCGCGCUCCACCGCCUGCCGUGCGCACAAAAUCGUGGUGCUCCCCGGCGACGGCAUCGGCCCGGAGAUCGCCGACGUGGCCCUGCGGGUGUUGACAUCGGCGGGCAGGGCGGAAGGGGAGGAGUUUGCGUUCGAAGAAGGCCUGAUCGGCGGGGCGGCGCUGGAUGGGGCAGGGGUGCCCUGCCCGGAGGCGACGCUGGAGGCCUGCAGGCGGAGCGACGCGGUGCUGCUGCCGGCGGUUGGAGGGUACAAAUGGGACAAUGUUGAUCCUGUCCUCCGUCCUGAACGCGGCCUUUUAACCCUUCGUGCUGGUCUUGAAGUGUUUGCGAAUUUGAGGCCUGCGGUGGUGCUACCACAGCUGGCAGGGGCCUCAAGUUUGAAGUCUGAAAUAGUUACUGGGGUCGACAUCAUGAUCGUGCGUGAGCUCGUCGGAGGCAUCUAUUUUGGGGAACCUCGGGGAUUCAGGACCAACGAAAAUGGGGAGAAGGUUGGCUACAACACCAUGAUUUACUCUGAAAAAGAGGUCGAGCGAAUUGCACGUGUUGGCUUUGACAUGGCACGCAAGCGAAACAAGCGGCUGUGCUCUGUGGGCAAGUCUAAUGUGUUGGAGGUCUCCAUGCUGUGGAUGGAAGUGGUUUCUCGAAUAGGGGAGGAAUACGCAGACGUAGAAUUGACCCAUAUGUACAUCGACAACGCUGCGAUGCAGCUUCUCAGGAAUCCAAAGUCCUUUGACACAAUUCUCACAGGGAACAUUUUUGGUGACAUAUUGUCAGAUGAGGCAGCAAUGAUAACUGGGAGUCUGGGAGUGCUGCCAUCAGCCUCCAUCAGCAACACAGGGCCUGGGAUUUUUGAACCCGUCCAUGGAUCAGCACCAGACAUCGCAGGACAAGACCUUGCCAAUCCCAUCGCGAUGGUGCUGUCUGCAGCCAUGAUGUGUCGAUAUGGGCUGAACAUUCCAAAGGUGGCUGAGAGGAUGGAAAACGCAAUUGCGUUGGUCCUGGAUCAGGGCUACCGCACAGGUGAUAUCAUGUCUGAUGGCAUGACCCAAGUAGGCUGCAAGCAACUGGGAGAUCUCAUUCAGGAGCAGGUGGAGGCACCUGUGGGUGUUGGAGUUAGGUGA